AAGGAGAAAUGCAGAAAAAAAGUUCAGCUUUGAUUAAUUUAAUCGUAACUUUUAUUUCAGAAAGUCUAGAAGGAAGGUUUUGCAUUCGCCCUAAGUUUUAAUGAAUUUCUUAAGUGAAUUUCUAUUUUUAAUUGCAUAAAUGUAGAGGGACACUGUCAUCUUUUCAGUGUUUAGGGGCCAGCGAAAGCCCUAACCCAAGCCCUGGACUGGUCAUGGCAGCAGAUCGGGAAAAAUUCAGGAACCUAACUCUGGCUUGUACUCGCACUUUGGAAGACCACCAAAGCACAAAGAAGCCGUAACGCGGUGCAGCACUAACAUCAAACGGUGGCCCAUAGCAAUGUCAGACUUAACCACUAACUCUUAUUUACCUGCGUUCAUUUUCCACCCCAUUUCUCUCUGGGCUCGUGGAUAAAACCGCUGCCCUACCUGCAUUUGAUGUUAUUCUUAGAAAAUAACUCGUUUCACUCAAUUUAAUCUACCAUCCAGCAAAAUAGUCUUUCAAAAUAAUGGUAAAAGAAGAUUGUUUUAUUCAGGAGAAUUAAACUUGCUCAGGGACCACGGAUUCUGUUAAAAAGAUAUAAUCAUAUUGAAAAUGAAGUGGCUCUCUGAUCGCGCGGUGGGCCUUCAGGAUGGCGCCGAAGAAAGACAAGAAGCCUAAGAAAUCAACCUGGAAGUUUAAUUUGGACCUUACUCAUCCAGUAGAAGAUGGAAUUUUUGAUUCUGGAAAUUCUGAACAGUUUCUACGGGAGAAGGUUAAAGUGAAUGGAAAAACUGGAAAUCUUGGGAAUGUCGUUCACAUUGAACGCUUCAAGAAUAAAAUAGUUGUUUCUGAGAAACAGUUCUCUAAAAGGUAUUUGAAAUACCUUACCAAGAAGUACCUUAAAAAGAACAAUCUUCGUGACGGGCUUCGUGUGGUUGCAUCUGACAAGGAGAUUUACGAACUUCGUUACUUCCAGAUUAGUCAAGAUGAAGAUGGAUCCGAGUCUGAGGACUAGAUGAAGCCAUCCCUUAUAGGGCUUUGCUUGCUAAUAAAACAAAUGAAGUAUACAAGAGAGACAUCUUGAAAUGGACCUUUAGUUUAUCAGUGAAUAAAAAACAUUACUCUGGGGCUUCCCUGGUGGCACAGUGGUUAAGCAUCCACCUGCCAAUGCAGGGGACACAGGUUCGAGCCCUAGUCCGGAAAAAUCCCACAUGCUGUGGAGCAACUAAGCCCGUGCGCCACAACUACUGAGCCUGCGCUCUAGAGCCCACAAGCCACAACUACUGAGCCCGUGUGCCACAACUACUGAAACCCGUGCACCUAGAGCCCGUGCUCCACAACAGGAGAAGCCACCACAAUGAGAAGCCCACACACUGCAACGAAGAGUGGCCCCCGCUCACUGCAACUAGAGAAAGCCCACGCACAGCAACAAAGACCCAACACAGCCAAAAAUAAAUAAAUUUAUUUAUUUAUUUAUUUAAAAACAAAAAAACAUUACUCUGUAUGUUAAGCAUUCAUCUCUUUUAUUUAAGUGUAUGCUGUUUAUAUGGUUCUGGCUUUCCUUUAAUACUUUUUUUUUUAAAUUUUUAUUGGAGUAUAGUUGAUUUACAAUGUUGUGUUAGUUCCGAGUAUAUAGCAAAGUGAAUCAGUUAUACACAUAUGCACUCCUUUUUUUUAAAGAUUCUUUUCCCAUAUAGGCCAUUACAGAAUAUUGAGUAGAGUUCCCUGUGCUAUAGAGCAGGUUCUUAUUAGUUAUCUAUUUUAUAUAUAGUAGUGUGUACAUGUCACUCCCAGUCUCCCAGUUUAUCCUUUGCCCCCUUAUCCCCUGGUAACCAUAAGUUUGUUUUCUACUUUUGUGACUCUACUUCUGUUUUGUAAAAAAGUUCAUUUAU